AUGUCGAAGAGCCUCAAGAAGAAAAACCACUGGACAAACAAAGUCCACGAAGCGGUGAUCACCCGCGGGAAGGAAGGGGAGCUGGGGUUCGAGUCGAAGGGGGGCGCGGAGAUCGGCCAGUUCCCUUACUUCGGCGAGGUGAAGCAGGGGAAGGGACUGAUCCAGAGCGGCAAACUGGCCCAGGAUGAGCUGCUGCUGGAGGUCAACAACAUGCCGGUGGCCGGGCUCACCACCCGGGACGUGCUGGCCGUGAUCAAACACUGCAAAGACCCGGUCCGCCUCAAAUGUGUCAAGCAAGGUGGGGUGGUUGACAAGGAUUUGCGGCACUACCUCAACCUGCGUUUCUCCAAGGGCUCAGUGGACCACGACCACCAGCAGAUCAUCAGAGACAACCUCUACCUCCGCACCGUUCCCUGUACCACUCGGCAGCCUAAGGAGGGGGAGGUGCCGGGGGUGGACUAUAACUUUGUGAGUGUGGAGCGUUUUAUGGAACUGGAGCAAAGUGGAGCCCUGCUUGAGAGUGGAACUUAUGAAGAUAACUUCUACGGCACACCAAAACCUCCAGCGGAGCCAUCCCCCGCAGCACCUCCUCUGAAUGUAAGUGAGGCCUUGCUGCCCGGAGCCCGGCCCAGCGCCCAGGGCAAGAGGAAGAGGAACCAGUCAGUCAGCAAUAUGGAGCAGCGUGCCAGCCUUGAGCCACCUGAGGAGGAGGAAGAGGAGAGCCCGGUUGUCAACGGCAAUGGGGUGGCCGUCACACCAGAGUCCAGUGAACAUGAGGACAAGAGCACAGAUGCUUCUGGGGAAGUUGCUGUAGAAACGUCCAGCCAGGCCCAUGCCUCUGUCGAGCCCCCUACCGAAGAAGAAGAGGAGGCCCCAAAAUCUCCCUCUAAAUCGCCUGACAAAGUUCCAGACUUAGAUGAGGAAGAGCUUGGUCCUCUCCCUGACAACUGGGAGAUGGCCUACACCGAGAAGGGGGAGGUCUACUUCAUAGAUCACAACACCAAAACGACAUCGUGGCUGGAUCCUCGGCUUGCAAAGAAAGCAAAGCCACCAGAAGAAUGCAGAGAAGACGAGCUGCCCUAUGGCUGGGAGAAGAUAGAUGACCCCAUCUACGGCAGCUACUAUGUAGAUCAUAUCAAUCGAAGGACCCAGUUCGAGAACCCAGUCAUGGAAGCCAAGAGACGUUUGGAGCAGCAGAGGCAGAUGCAGAGCCAGGGACUCUCCGCUCUACCACUACCCACUAUAUACAGAGAGAAGCCAUUAUUUACGAGGGACCCAACCCAGCUGAAGGGGAACUUCCUGUCAACAGCCCUGCAGAAGAGCAACAUGGGAUUUGGAUUCACGAUCAUCGGAGGUGACGAGCCCGAUGAGUUCCUGCAAGUGAAGAGUGUAAUACCAGACGGACCCGCUGCUCAGGAUGAAAAGAUGGACACAGGUGAUGUCAUUGUCUACAUUAAUGACAUCUGCGUGCUUGGCACCACGCACGCUGAUGUGGUCAAGCUUUUCCAGUCCGUACCGAUCGGUCAGAGCGUAACCCUCGUGCUCUGUCGAGGCUAUCCUUUGCCCUUUGACCCCGAGGACCCAAGUGCAGCGAGCACUUCCUUGACACCCAUCGGCCUGGAGCAUCGCCCCCUGGUUGUAAAUGGCCGCGGCAGCUACGACCCCUACCUAGAGUAUCUGUCGUUGAGCUCCCAGCUUCCUCCUCAAGCUCUGGCCGGAGCCCCUCACCCCGGGGACACACAUCUGGAUGGCUCAUCUCUGCCGCCCACCACACCUGGUUCUGCAUCCGCACUAACGCCUCACGACGACAACGUGUCCAUGGCCUCCUCUGGGACGACAGGUGGUGCUGGGACAACAGUGCAGGGGGCAGAGUUCCUGACAGUUACUAUGGUGAAAGGGGCAGAGGGAUUUGGGUUCACCAUUGCCGACAGUCCCACUGGUCAGCGAGUAAAACAGGUGCUGGAUCCGGGCUCACAGGGAGCGUCGGGGCUGAUAGAGGGAGACCUGAUCCUGGAGGUGAACCAGCAGCCAGUGGCUGCAGCUGGACAUGGACGAGUGGUGGAGAUGCUUAAAGAGUGUCCUGUGGGCGCCGAGGCGACUCUCCUCAUACAGAGAGGAGUGACAGGCCACAUCUCUCCUCUGAAGGCCAAACAGUUGCCUGACCAGUGGGAUCCACAUGGCAGCCCCCAAGCACAUCUGUCCGGCCCAGUUUUGCCACCUGGAACCCCCUUCCCAAACCAGCCACAGCAUCGCACGUCUGUGCCUGACUCCACCGAGGGCUUCGAUCUUAACAAACCUGACCCCUAUGACCUUUAUGAGAAGUCGAGGGCUAUCUAUGAGAGCCGACGUCCAGAGUAUGAAGAGGUGGAGGUGCACCUGCUGAGAGAGAAGACCGGGUUUGGCUUUCGCAUCCUAGGGGGAGACGAGGCCGUGCAGGCUAUUGUUAUUGGGGCUAUAAUAGAGAACACCCCCGCUGAACGCGAUGGCCGGCUUCGUCCUGGGGAUGAGCUCAUUUCUGUGGAUAAAAAUGUGGUUGCUGGGAAACCGCACAAAUACGUGAUAGACUUGAUGCACGCAGCCGCGCGCAACGGUCAAGUCAGCUUGACUGUGAGAAGGAGAGUGCAAAUGCCUGGUGAACUGUGUCCUGUGAAUGGCCGCAGCCCUGGCUCUGUGUCGACACAACACAGUUCUCCACGUAGCGAUGCAGCCUCAGCUUCGGGCCCUCAAGUGGUCAUCGUCCCGACUGCCACCUCUCCUCCAGAGGGAUCCGCCCUGCAAACCAGUGACGUGGUUAUUCACCGCAAGGACAAUGAGGGCUUUGGCUUUGUCAUCAUCAGCUCCCUGAACAGACCGGAGAAUGCCUCCGUCAUCACUGUGCCCCAUAAAAUAGGACGUAUCAUCGAGGGCAGCCCUGCGGACCGAUGUGGGAAGCUGAAAGUGGGCGACCGGAUCCUGGCUGUGAAUGGACAAUCCAUCAUCAGCAUGCCGCACGCAGAUAUUGUCAAGCUCAUUAAAGAUGCUGGGCUAACAGUCACACUGCACAUCAUACCAGAAGAGGGAUCCCACUCUGGCCCCGGCUCAGAGAAGCAGAGCCCCAUGACCCAGAAACACAGCCCACAGACCCAACCCAGCCCAGUAGCCCAGCCCGGCCAAGGAGGCACCCUGCCCGGCCAAACGGCCACUCAGACAGGUCAAAUACCUGGCCAGCCGGGCCAGACACCAGCACAGACAAGCCAAACUGUAACUGGUCCUCCUGCACCAGCAGCCUCCCAUCCUGCACCAGCUGGAAGCCAGCAGAGCCCAGUCAUCCAGCCCUCAGGCCUCCCUCCACAGCUCUACCUCCAUGACGGCAGGUCAGAGGUUAAAGCCAGACAGGAUGUCAAACCUGACUUCCGGCAUCCUCCGUUCACUGAUUACAGGCAACCACCAGUAGACUAUCGUCACCCACCGGUUAGUGAUUAUAGACAGCCUCCGACGCUGGACUACAGACACCCGCCUGGUCUGCUGGACUUCAGACAGCACCCUACAGCUGCACAGUUUCCUCUGGGGCUCCCUCCUGACUUCAGACCACAGGACUAUGAUUACUUUACAGUGGAGCUGGAGAAAAGUGCAAAAGGUUUUGGAUUCAGUAUCCGUGGGGGCAGAGAGUACAAGAUGGACCUAUUUGUGUUGCGCCUUGCUGAAGAUGGUCCUGCCAUACGCAAUGGAAGGAUGAGGGUAGGGGAUCAGAUUAUAGAGAUUAACGGGGACAGCACUCGGGACAUGACUCACGCCCGCGCCAUUGAACUCAUCAAGGCGGGAGGCAGGCGGGUCAGGCUGCUGCUUAAACGAGGCUCGGGACAGGUGCCAGAAUAUGACUGUGCCGGCCCCUGGGAUUCCUUUUCUACAGCCCACUCUGCCCUGCAGGAAGUGACCCUCGAACCCUCCCCAAAUCCAUUGCUCUCAUCCCAUCCAGCCUCAGCCCCAGACACCCCUCAUCAGCUCUCUCUAGAGGCCACAGUCUGCAUGGCAGACAAAGCUCCACAGCUGACAGACCACAGCUCCAUGAGAGGGGCUACAGGUGGCAGGUCCACCCAGCAGAAGUGCAUCAUCAGGGGGCAGGGAACCCAACAGGGAUCUGGAGAUGUGGACUGUGGCCCAGGCGAGAGAAAGCCUUGUGCUUUGCCUCCCAAAGCUUUCCUGGGGAGGUCAGUUGAAAGAAGAGAGAGGCAACGGGAGACUUGCUCUCCCUGCUGUGAGAGAAAGGGCCUGCACACACAGGCGAUGAGCACUGUCUGGCCGUGGGACCCUUAUGUGAGUGUGAAUUUCAAUGGAGCCUCCCUUGGCAGUGGAGAUGGACAUGUCAGCCUCCAGGAGAGGCUGGUGUCCAGAGGUCUGUUCCCCAGAGAAGAUGAGAGGGCAAGUGGCCGCAGUGGGCUCUGCUGCCCGUCUAAAGCCAUGGAAGAUCCUGCUGCAAGGAGCGCAGCAGCCUCCCCUGGGCCCUGGAACGUCCCUGUGUCUGAUAAACUGCCUGGCACCUUGAGGUCCUGGACCUCCACAGUUAGCAGGUAGAAUGGAUCUUGCUGGUUUGGACUGGAUCCCACUGUCUGGCUCCUCCUUCAGUCCACCAUCGGAUGUCUGAGAGAAGCAGUACAUUUCCCUCACACUCUCUUGCUGUCCUGUUUUCUUCUCCAGCCACUUCUAAAAUCAUAUUUUAUGUUUCAUUUGUUCUUACGAGAUAAAUAUUACACCCACCACCUUAAAAACAGAGAAACUUCACAGAUAUUGUAACAUACAGUAUAAAACUGAUGGUGACUCCUGGAUUUGUAGGCAUUUUGGACCCUCAGAUGCGACAGUUAAUGUUUUGAUCUCAAACGGAGCAAUGCUGUCUGAUUCUGAGUGGAGCUCUGCUUUUAACGUUUACCUUUAAAAGCUCGACCGUAUCUGGCUCAGAUUGGUUAGUGCAACGUAACCUCGCAGGAGAGAGACAUAUGUACAUCCAAGAGAUUUACUUUUGCUCCAUUUUCUCUAAGCAGUGGGAAGAAUGAGACUACAAAUCUAUCAGAGGGAGGCAGGGACACUGACACUCCUGGAGGACAUGGCACUGAUCCAAGUGACAGCCUGGUUAACCCAACAUAUGUUAGAUCUCACAUGCCUACCAAUAUAUCAUAUACUGUAAAUGUAUAAAGAUGUGAAAAAUAUGUACAUUUGGUAAUCUCAAAAACAUACCUGUUGGUGUUUUUGAGGCAGUGUUGUAGUUAGAUACAUUGUAAAUAAAAGAGAAAAAAAAACGGAACAGUAUUUUAGGAUCACUAUUUCCAUGGCCUCGUCUAUUACUACAUAUCAAAGACUGUGCAAGUCACUAAACCCAGACCGCUGAGGGAGGCAGCGGCUGUGUGCAUGGAUAUAAACCACCAUGACUUUAUACAGGGACUCACAUGUCUUUUAGAGGUAGAAUUUAGAGAGGAUAUCCUCUGUGGAGCGAACCAGUUGGUUCUCAUGAGAGACAAAAAUAUCUUUUUUUCAUCAAAUUGAACUUUGGAGUGACUGAAAACAGCUGACUUAGCAAGAACUCAUAAUACUGUUCUGAGUUAUAUACACAACUUGAUCACAAGUCAACCAUGCAGCCAUUGUGCAGAAUUAUAAGCCUUGUUGUAUUCAUUUAAUGCUCACGGAAGAAUUUUGUCCAGUCUAUAUUUCCCAUUCCUAUGCCUUUUACUGUGCUAAGUGUACCACAUCACUGUGGGAGAGGGGCAUCGGUGUGGGGAAGAGGAGGCCGAUGGUUAUGAGGUGGGGCGGAGUGCCUUACUCAAACUAAUGCAGAGCUGUUGUGAUUUGUUUUGGGAACUGAAUGCAGAUGUUAAUGAUCAUGCACACAUAUCAGCAACCUGUUGAGUUGUGGAGCCUGUUUUCUUCUGACUUAACACCAAGCAGUAUAUAUACAGUUAUCUUGAUGCACUCUUAUCAAUGUCAAUGAUUGCCCUUGUCCCCUAGUGCUUAAAAGGGGAUACAAUGUAGCCUGUAGCAUUACAUCCUCUUCUUAGAGUGAUCUGGGAGAGUGGAGCUGUGAACAUUUAUCCAGACAGGGUCAUUAUCACAGUGGACCUAUGUUUCUGUUUCUGUCUAAUUUCAGCUUUAUCCCAUAAAGAACAUUAGUUGGGUUUGUUUUGUUGCAGGUGGAACCAAUGCACCUGAACCCAAGACUUAAGAUGAUCUGUGAAAAACAAAUUCAUUUAAACCUGUGUUUGUUCACAAAGUGUUGAUACUGGCAGAGUGGAAGCAUGCUGCUAAUAAACUCAGACACACAAUACCAAGUCACUAUCCUUCUGCAUUUCUACAUUUUGAUAUCGUCCAUUUCUCACAACAAUAUGUUUGCUCUCAUUACAGAUAAAUCACCACAGCUUUUGAUUACUGGAGGAGCAGAAUUUAAAAAAGAAUCACAAUGCAUUGUGACAAUAUGACUGAAUGCAGCACGAUUGCACAUCCAAGCUGUACUUGUAAACUGGUACAGGCCUACUGGUUAACUGGUUAACUGGUUAACUAGGACAAUGCACCUGCCGACUGGAACGCUAGUAAGACCUGAAGAGUUUAAUACAACAGUGGUCCAUGUGAUUAACUGGUUCAUAUGUUAGUGAGGAGCAUGAUAACAUGCUAUUAGGCUGUAGAAAUGUGUUUACUGUAUGUACAGAUGUCAAAGUUCAGAAAAAGGUGAAAUGAUAUGUCAUCCAGCCCUCUGUCUCCGUCCAGCCCGUCCCCCUGCCUGCUGUGAGUGAUUUUGUAUACUAAAACAAAAAAAAGGCUUUAUUGGAGCCUGUGAAGGAUGGCACGUUCAUAAAUCUUCAUUGAGAUCAAGUAUAACUGUGUAGUGUUAAUUGUGUAUUAUUCACCUUGUACAGCUGUAUUCCUACAAAUAUGGUUUACUGUAUCAUUGAUACUGUAGUUUCAAAGACGUGAACAACUAUUUUUAUGAAA